AUGUAUUAUUCAGAGGAACUCGACUUGCCCAGGACAGAUAAGUCGAGGUGGAGACUAAGAACAGACCCAGUGGGUAGGGAGACGUGGCACUACAUAGAACCCGAGGAAGUCAAUGAGGAGCCACAAUCAACUUUUGUCAAAUGGCUUCUAAAAACGGAUGAUUUUGUACCUCCCCCAGCUGCCUCAACCGAAACUCCCUCUGAAGCGAUGCAAAAGGGUGCAGACUUUCUCAAACUUUUGCAAUUGGAGAACGGGAUUUUCCCUUGCCAGUACAAAGGACCCAUGUUUAUGACAAUCGGAUACGUAGCCGCUAAUUAUUUCAGCGGUAAUCCUAUUCCUGAACCAUUCAGAUUGGAAAUGAUAAGAUACAUUGUCAAUACUGCUAACCCAGUAGAUGGUGGAUGGGGAUUGCAUUCAGUUGACAAGUCUACUUGUUUUGGCACUACGAUGAAUUAUUUGUGUCUCCGAUUGUUGGGAUUGGCUGCUGAUCAUCCAGUUCUAAUUAAGGCUAGAAAAACUUUACACCGUUUGGGAGGUGCUAUAAAAAACCCACACUGGGACUCCACAUUAAAAGAGUUAAGGAACGAGAUUUAUUUGCCCAACCAAUUACCGUAUGAGUCUAUAGAUUUUGGAGCAAACAGAAAUAAUGUUUGCGGCGUUGAUUUGUACUAUCCACAUACAAAAGUGCUUGACAUGGCCAAUUUUGUAUUGAGCAAAUGGGAGAGUAUUCGUCCUAAGUGGUUGCUUAAUUGGGUCAAUUCAAGGGUCUACAAUCUAAUCGAGAAAGAGUACGAGAAUACAGACUACUUAUGCAUCGCGCCGGUUAGCUUUUCAAUGAAUAUGGUAGUGACAUACCACCGAGAAGGACCCAACUCCAAAAACUUUCUUGGAUUGUUGAAUCGAAUGAACGAUGUAUUAUUUCACGGGCCUCAGGGUAUGACAGUGAUGGGAACCAAUGGGGUGCAGGUAUGGGACGCUGCAUUCAUGGUUCAAUAUUUCUUUAUGACCGGAUUGGUGGAUGACGAGAGGUACCAUGAAAUGAUUAGAAGGUCGUAUUUAUUCUUGGUUAGAUCUCAAUUUACUGAAAACUGCGUUGAGGGAAGCUUUAGGGAUAGAAGACUAGGCGCUUGGCCCUUCAGCACUAAAGAUCAAGGAUACACCGUUAGUGACUGUACUGCAGAAGCCAUCAAGGCAAUAAUAAUGGUGAGGAACGAUAAGAGAUUUGAGGAUAUCAAGAACGCCAUAACCGACAAGGAUAUUUUCAAUGCAAUCGAGGUUUUGUUGCAAAUACAAAACGUGGGUGAUUGGGAAUUUGGGUCAUUUUCCACAUACGAAGGAAUCAAAUCUACCGUCUUGUUGGAGAAAUUGAAUCCCGCCGAAGUUUUCAACAACAUAAUGGUAGAAUACCCCUAUGUCGAAUGCACAGACUCUUCCGUCUUGGGGUUGACUUACUUUCGUAAAUAUUAUCCAGAUUACAAAACGGAAAUUAUUCAAAACGCUAUUGACAGUGCUAUACAGUAUAUAAAGAGCGCACAGAGUCCGGUUGAUGGCUCGUGGUACGGUUGUUGGGGAAUCUGCUACACAUAUGCGUCCUUGUUUGCACUCGAAGCUUUCAACAGCAUCGGGCUUAACUACUCAAAUUCGGAGUCCGUUAAAAGGGGGUGUGAUUUUUUGAUCUCCAAACAAUUGAAAGACGGAGGAUGGUCAGAGUCUAUGAAAUCAUGUGAAACGCAUACCUAUGUGAGUGGAAAAGAAUCGCUUGUUGUUCAAACCGCCUGGGCAUUAAUUGGACUCAUCUUGGCCGAUUAUCCUGAAGAAGAGCCCAUUCGCAAGGGAGUUGAAUUGCUCAUGCGCCGCCAGUUGCCCACUGGUGAAUGGGAGUUUGAAGACGUUGAAGGCGUGUUUAAUCAUAGCUGUGCAAUAGAGUAUCCAUCAUAUCGGUUCUUAUUUCCUAUUAAGGCGUUAGGAUUCCCAGCUAUCAUACCACAAGUCCAAGAUAAGGCGUUAGGAUUGUACGCGAAGAGAACGAGGGCAAGAAAGGAGGGAAUGGUGUUACACCCUCACGUCGGAUCUGAAUAA